AUGGAUCACCUCCCUACCUUCACGCUCGCAACCGGGCCGUAUCCGACGGUACCGUAUCUGCCCAACGAUGAUGAUGUGUACGAUGGCGACACGUUCGAGGGCUACCCGGAGCGACAGGGGUGGUCGAGCAGCCUGCUCUUCGCCGGCGACUUCCGCCAAGGGCGCGGUCUCGACGAGACGGCGGCUUUCCUGCAGAAGUGGCUAUAUUUUGGCCUGCUGAAUGAACUGUCGCUCGUCGGGUCCAUCUUUGGACGCAAAAUCUUUCGCAACGAGAAGUUUGUGCAGGAGAAGGAGGAGAAGAAGAAGGAGGGUGAGGGAGAGAAAGAUGUGGAUGGGGAAGGCCGCAGCGGCGGUGGCAAGGUCGUGUCAACGAAGAAAUUGGAAAAGCUGCUCAAGAAGCGCGUUGAUGAUUUGAAGCUCGUGAUGGAUAACCAGCGCGAAAAGCACCUGCAAAGACUAGACAAAGCUCUGGCUACCGGAUGCGCGUUAUCCGAGGCGCUCGCGGCGCUGCGUCAAGUCAGACCCGAGGAGUGUCCUCUACCCUUCGAAGUCAUCCUUUCGAUCAAGGUACUCGGCCGCGCCGUUGACGACGCACUCAGGGAUGAGGGGCUGGCUGAAGGGACGCGCGAUUGGGGCCUCCGUCCUAUCGCGGUGGGGCGCAUGCGCGAUGCCGGAUGGUGUCCGCGAGAGAUAUCUUUGGUUAACACGUUUCUUUCCGAGGCGUCGAUGUUUUGCGCUUCAUACAUGAAGCGUGGUGAGGAGGCAGUAGACCAUUCUCGAUGCAACGAUUUCGAAUGCCAGGCAAACCAGAUAGACAGCAACAACUACGAGACUCGACAUCGUACCGAGGACUGCAACUGCGAAUUUUAUCAUGUUGACGAGGGGAAGCUGCAGCAGGUUAUCAGGGAUGAGCGCAUCCCUUAUAUUGAGAUGAAGCCGGUCAAGCUGGAAGACGAGACGAAGACGCUUCAGGUUGAGCUACAGAGCCACAAGGACUCGAUCAUCGAAUACUCGAGGAGCAUUGUCAUCUUCUCACAUGUUUGGUCUGAUGGUCUUGGAAACCCGGAAAACAACGCACUCCCCAUGUGCCAGUUACAACACUUCUACAAUAUCCUACGAGACGCGCCGUGGUGGGACGUAAAAGCUAAAGAGAGGCAGGACAAAGCAAACCAUGACCGGUACAAGGAACGGCAAAUCAAGAAUACGUGGACCUUCCCACCCAAGAGCAUCCGGGCACCCAUCCGCGAGUUCCUGGGCCGGCCCGUCCGCAUCUGGCUGGACACGCUAUGCGUGCCGGUCAAGGGCGAGACCAAGACGAUGGCCAUCACGAAGCUGAAACGCUACUACGCCAACGCCGACAUAACCGUGGUGCUGGACGCGGAGCUACUACGGGUGGAGCACGAGAAGUGCUCCGAGGGCGAAAUACUGCUCCGCAUCGCGCUGUCCGGGUGGAUGCGCCGCUGCUGGACGUACCAGGAAGCAAUCAUCGCGUCCGGGCGGCUGCGCGUCCUCUUCGCCGACGGCUACUAUGACCUCCCGGACGUCGUCGGCUUCAUGCGGCAGCUGAACAGCAUCGCGCCGUAUCUGAUGUCGCAGAAGCAGCAGCAGCGCUCGCAGGAUGUCACCGAGGCCAUGACCUACUCCGCCACCGCCAUCGGCACCGCGUUCGACAUCUACCGGAAAAGCCUGUGGAUCAUCGACCCGGGCAAGGCCCUUAACAACGCCCUCAACGGCGGCUCCAGCACCACCAUCAACCUGGGGCCCUACAUCAACAAGGCAAAGGGCAUCUUCAACCCCAAAGACCCGUUCAAGUUCCUCUCCGCCCCAGAGCGCCUCGCCGCCGACACAAAGUCCUUCUUCGCCGGCAUCACCGCCAUGUGGGCCGAGCAGCCGGCGGCGGCGGUGGAAGAAGAGCAUGAGCGCCUGCAGAACCGCGUCCACCGCAUGGUCGCGGCGUGGGAGAGCCUGCGCUACCGCACGACCAGCCACGCCCGCGACCGCCUCGUCAACUUCAUCUUCGCCUGCGCCAAGGAACAACGGGACUUCGUCGCCCUCCAAAAGGUCCUCGACGAACCGGCCGACCGCCGCUUCAGGACGUGGCUGCUCGACCAGCCCGCGCUGCCCGCCGGCUUGCUGUUCGUUCAGGGGCGCAAGAUGGAAGAGCACGGGUUCCGCUGGGCGCCGGCGGACGUGCACGUCGCGAGCGUCGAGGACGAUGCGCCGGCCCGCUGCUGCGUGGGCAGGAGUGCGGAGGAGAAGCGGAGCGACGUCGUCAAACAGGCGCGGUUCCAGACGCCGGGGCUGCUUCCCGUGGCGAAGGACCUGUUUUCGUUGGCGAAGGAGGGCAUCGCGGAGUACAUGAAAGAGGGUGAAGGGGGUGCGAGCGGCGGCCCGCGGACGCCGGCGCUGAGCAUGACGGCGGAGGGCUCGUUCAAGUUGCAGAAGCCCGGGUUCUUGGUCAGGGAGAGGCUGAGGCCGGCGGAUAAGGAGUUCUACGUGCGUGAUGCGCCGGCGGAGAAGAGCUAUCGCGUCGUGCUGGACUGGAGUUCUGUGCCGCCGGGUGUGACGGCUGAGUGCUUGGCGGAUGUUGGUCCGUCGUUGGCGUUGGUGUUGCGUCGUGAGCCGGAAAACGGGUCGAUCGAGACUGCUGCGCUGCUCAAGGAUGUGGCGGGCGCUGAGACGGUCUGUACGGGAUCUUUCGUUUGCAGGGCUUUGGUGAAAAGGGGGAAACGGCCAAGCUCUGAUGCAGUGACGGCAGAAGUGACGGGCCUCCGGGCGCCGGAUGACCAGAACUGGAUAGUCUCAUAG